CGUGUAGCAAUAAAGAGGAUCAACUUAGAGAAGUGUCAGACCAGUAUGGAUGAGCUACUCGUUAUACUACUGCCUAGAGACUGUGGGCUUUUUCUAAUGCAGAAAUUCCUGCCUCUGAAGGAAAUGAUCUCCUCAGCAGGGAAUUGCCAGUUCAAAAGAUAUCUUGAAUUUGAUACAGAGGAAAGAAAUUCAAGCCAUGAGUCAAUGCAAUCACCCCAAUGUGGUGACCUAUUACACUUCUUUUGUGGUGAAGGAUGAACUUUGGCUGGUUAUGAAGCUGUUAAGUGGUGGGUCAAUGCUUGAUAUCAUAAAGUAUAUUGUCAAUAGAGGAGAACACAAAAAUGGUGUCCUUGAAGAACCAAUAAUAGCAACAAUUCUUAAAGAAGUUUUGGAGGGGUUAGACUACCUACACAGGAAUGGGCAAAUUCACAGAGAUUUGAAAGCUGGCAAUAUUCUUCUCGGUGAAGAUGGCUCUGUACAGAUAGCAGAUUUUGGUGUUAGUGCAUUUUUAGCAACAGGAGGUGACGUUACUCGUAACAAAGUGAGGAAAACAUUUGUCGGCACUCCGUGUUGGAUGGCCCCUGAAGUGAUGGAGCAGGUGAGAGGCUAUGACUUCAAGGCUGAUAUGUGGAGUUUUGGGAUAACAGCCAUUGAACUAGCAACAGGAGCAGCACCUUACCACAAAUACCCUCCUAUGAAAGUGUUAAUGCUAACACUGCAAAAUGACCCUCCUACUUUAGAGACGGGUGUAGAGGACAAGGAGAUGAUGAAAAAGUAUGGCAAAUCCUUUAGAAAACUAAUUUCACUAUGCCUUCAGAAAGAUCCUUCCAAAAGGCCCACAGCAGCAGAACUUUUAAAAUGCAAAUUUUUCCAGAAAGCCAAGAAUAGAGAAUACCUGAUUGAAAAGCUUCUCACUAGAACGCCUAAUAUAGCACAAAGAGCAAAAAAGGUUAGACGGGUACCAGGUUCCAGUGGUCACCUCCAUAAAACAGAAGAUGGAGACUGGGAAUGGAGUGAUGAUGAAAUGGAUGAAAAGAGUGAGGAAGGCAAAGCUGCUUUUUCUCAGGAAAAGUCACGAAGAGUAAAAGAAGAGGAGAACACAGAGCCUGCUGUUGGUGACGAAUACAGUGAAGUUCCGUGUGCAGUGAAUCUUGUUUUACGAUUAAGGAACUCCAGAAAAGAACUUAAUGACAUACGGUUUGAGUUUACUCCAGGCAGAGACACGGCAGAUGGCGUUUCUCAGGAGCUGUUCUCUGCAGGCUUGGUUGAUGGCCAUGAUGUAGUUAUAGUUGCUGCUAACUUACAGAAGAUAGUAGAUGAUCCUAAGGCCUUGAAAACAUUGACAUUUAAGUUGGCCUCUGGCUGUGAUGGCACUGAGAUUCCUGAUGAAGUGAAGCUGAUUGGGUUUGCUCAGUUAAGUGUCAGCUGAUGACACUUGACCCCAAGCUGAAUUGUGAGAGUGCGAAGAGGCCGGCUUAGACGCAAAGGAAAAUUAAAGCACCACACACUGAGUUCUGCUUCGUUCUCUAGCAAUUCACAAAGUCAGAACAAGCAAAGCCCACAGCUACACCGCUGCUGCUAACAUUCAAAAUGCUACUAAAUGUCUCUUAGCAGUUGAUUUGGAUUCCCCCUAAGUGAGAAGCCUAUGGAAAUGCGCUCAGGUGGCUGUAUUUAUUGGUUACAAAAGGAAUUUUCUAUCAAGCUUACUUCUUCUUUCAUAAACUUUGAGUGAUACAAUUUUACCUGUACUUGUGGUUGGUAAUACUGCCUCUGUUCUGUUGCAUUUAGAAAUUUCCAUAAAUAUAAAAGUUAAUUAUUAGCUAAACUUGAAUUCUAGUUUCAAAACUGUGAAUUUUAUUUUUCAAAUAUUUAUGCAUUACACAUCUUACCUAAAGGAAAAUGAUUAGACUUGAUUAUGUGCUAUUGGCAGUUGAUCUCCAAUUAUUUAAAAGAAAAAAAUUAAAGUGUAUCCUAGAUAUACUUGGUAACAUAGUGUGGGGUUUUUUUUUUCUCCUUGAAUUAGUCAACUAGGUGUUAGCAAGCUCUUGCUGGGUAUGUGUCUUAAACAAUCCACAAAAUGAUUGUCAAGGGUGUGGGAGGUGCCUUGCAGACAUUAAUGUUUCUAAGAAUGUGCCUGAGGCUGCUUAAAUCCAGAAUAUUCUCCAUUUUCUACAUGUACCAUAUAUAUGGGACUAUAUAGCUAUCAGAAUAAAGAAGAGAUGUACAGAAGUAAAAAUGUUUGAGGAGUUGGAGGUAAAUUAUGCUUUAUUGGGGAAUCUAUGAGCUAGAACUGCUAUAAAAUGUUGUCCUUAAGGUAGCCUGCUCACUGUGCCCAUCUUUGAUUUGACCUACCCUGAAGGGAUAGAAAUGGAUUUUGUACUAGUGUGAUAAAACUUGAACAGAACUGAAGCUUUACUUGAAAUUCUGCAAAAUACCAAGGUUGUGUGAAAAUAAUAGGGCUUUGUGCAAUGAUGGAGUAAAACUCUGUUACGAAGAAACCACUUUGGACCCAAGUAGUCUUAUGCUUAACCUGUGAUGUAGGUGUUACGAAGCUAGCAAGCUUUAGAAAGAUUCUCAAAUUUGGAGACGUACUUGUAGGACAUUACAACUUAAACUACUUCCUAGCUAAUUCUAGAUAAAGGGCAGCUCUUUAAUGUACUGAAAACAGCAAAUAUAUAUUAUUAUGA